AUGUAUGCAAAUCACGUUCGUGAUGAGACCAUCAGUAUGAGGAUUGAUGAUCAGCCAGUUGGAUUAGACGGCAAUAGCCGGGUGCUGAUGGCUAAUAGAAGUAAUCUUGCCGAUCCCGACGAUGAAGAGCAUUGGAUUGGACGACAUCCACGUCCUGGCGAUCGACGAGCUCUUCCACCACUUCGUGAACCUCUAAUUAUGGCUCGAAGUCAAGCUUUAGCGCUUGCUGGAAUGCCAUCGGAGGCUUAUGAAGGAACCUAUCGUCCUGUUCCUGAAGGAAAAUCAUUGAAACUACCGUUCACCGCAGAGAACGACACACGACCAGCUGAUCGCUUGGUCGGACAGGCGCUAGGGCUUGGCCGGUGAGU